AUGGACCUGAAUGUCCUAUAUCUGGCAAUUGUACUUGGCCGCAGUUCUGCUCAGCCUCAUACCGUGAACGUCAGCAGAGUCCACGCAACCACCAAACCCCUGAACCGACUUGGCUUUGAGACACGAGCGGUGUCGACAAAGUAUGGCGUAGCUGGCAAGUCCUGGAAGACCGAUCUAAGGAAGCGUAUCAACUCCAUGGAAGGCAUAUCGCUCCAUGCUCAUAGUAAGUGAUCGGGUAGGUGCAUCCAUGGGGCGAGAAACUGCCUAUUUAGUCAGUAGAGUCGGUUGUGUAUGGAAAUCACAAGAUCGUACACUCUACUGUAGCGUAUAGUCUCAGCGUUCGCUGUUCCUCAAGUCUCAUUGGGCUUCUGGCUGUCAGAAUGUUUGAACAAACAAAUGCCCUGGUUCAUGGAUCUCAACGGAACGCUGCCACGCCGUCAACUCCAUAUGCAUCGUAG